AUGGGGGAUUCGACCAUAGGGCCGGGUCAUCCGCAUCUCCCUCCCGGGUUUCGGUUUCACCCGACCGACGAAGAACUUGUAGUUCAUUACCUCAAGAAGAAAGCUUCUUCUAUUCCACUUCCGGUCUCAAUCAUCGCUGAGAUUGAUCUUUACAAGUUUGAUCCUUGGGAGCUUCCAAGCAAGGCAAGUUUUGGAGAACAAGAAUGGUACUUCUUUAGUCCUAGAGAUCGGAAGUAUCCCAAUGGCGUUAGGCCGAACCGGGCAGCAACUUCUGGUUACUGGAAAGCCACGGGAACCGAUAAACCAAUAUUUACGUGUAAUAGUCACAAGGUUGGGGUCAAGAAAGCGCUUGUGUUCUAUGGUGGAAAACCUCCUAAAGGGAUUAAAACUGAUUGGAUCAUGCAUGAAUAUCGCCUCACUGAUGGUAACCUUAACAACGCUGCUAAGCCACCUGACUCAACUACGACAAGGAAAAACUCACUACGGCUAGACGACUGGGUUCUAUGUAGGAUCUAUAAGAAGAACAGUUCACAAAGACCAACAAUGGAAAGAGUAUUACUAAGAGAGGAUCUCAUGGAAGGAAUGCUCUCAAAAUCAUCUGCAAAUUCAUCUUCCACAUCGGUCUUAGACAACAACAACAAUAAUAAUAACGAAGAACACUUUUUCGAUGGUAUGGCCGUUUCUUCGGACAAACGUUCCUUGUGUGGUCAGUAUCGUAUAGGUCAUGAGGCUUCUGGAUCUUCUUCUUUCGGGUCCUUCUUAUCGAGCAAGAGGUUCCAUCAUACGAGUGAUCUCAAUAAUGACAACUACAAUGUCUCAUUUGUCUCGAUGCUUAGUGAAAUUCCUCAGAGUUCGGGGUUCCAUGGCAAUGGAGUCAUCGAUACGACGUCGACUCUAGGUGAUCAUGGGGUUUUAAGACAGGCAUUUCAGCUUCCUAACAUGAACUGGCACCCAUAA